AUGAGGAAGGCUCUCAGUUGUCAACAUGUCCUCCAUAAAAAAGUUGGGGACACAGUGGCGUUGUCAUCGUGUUUACCAGCUGAAGGAGUCACUGCAGCAAAGUGGAGAUAUGGAGGGUCAUUCAUUGCAGACAAAGAUAAUACUGCUGAAGAAAAACAAUUCAAGGGCAGAUUAGAACUGAACCCUACAAACUUCAGUUUAACAGUGAGAGAGCUGACUCUGCAGGAUUCUGGUGAAUUCAGUUUUAUGUCAGAAGUAAGAACACAAAGGGUCACAGUCACAGUCACUCUGAAAGUUCAUGGUAAGACAUGUCUUUUGACUUUUAAAGAAAAUGUUCCCAGUAAACAUCGUAAACUUUGUAUUAAAGCAUUGAUCAAAAAUCUGUCCAAAUUGAAACUCCACUUUUCAUUCUUACACACAAUAUAUAUUAUCUCCAACAUUGGUGUCUUAAGUCUCUCUCUCUCUCUCUCUCUCUCUCUCUCUAGAUUCAAUAACAAAACACUUUGCUCUUCUCUCUUUUCUCUUUCAAUUUCCUUGUCAGAUUCAAUAACAAAACAGCCUAACCUGACUGAAAACUCCACCUGGCAGACCUCCACCAACUCCUGCAUGGUCUUGCUCCAGUGCAGUGUGAACUCUGACAUCGAUGUCAGCUACAACUGGACUGUAGGGAAUGAAAUCAGAAAUGGCCCCAGGCUGCAAUACAACCUCGAGACACAAGAUGGAGACACGGAGUUCACCUGCACAAUUUACAAUCCAGUCAACGAGAUGUCGGCAUCCACAACAGUGAAGUGUAACAGUGACCUGCAAGAGCAAGGUAAAUGCAGAGAAGAGGAAAUGAUUGCCUGACUUGUAUCUUCUGGUGCAGAGGGUGUAUAAAGUACCUUUUUUUUAUUGGUGUUGCUUCUGUUGAGUCAAAUUCUCUGAGGAUGUUUAUAGUUUAUUUUGGUCACAGAGUUAGUUUUAGUAAUUUUACUUAAUAUCAAAUGCACUUUGUUCAUUAAUAAAGUCUUUAAUACAAAGAUACAUAACUUUACUCUGAGGAUAUGAAAUAAGAAAAUUGUUAUCCAACCUUUAACAGAAACAAACAUCCAUUUUGUUUUAUGAAAAAGGAACAUAAGUAGGGAUGUUUUUUUCUGACAUUGUAGUUUUUUAAAAUGACAGCGAGUCAUUUAGGGUGUUUAUUUUCUCUGUGGAGCCUGUACUUCACUGAAAGAGCUUCUAGCUAACAUCCCACCUGUACUAGUGUGAGCCCGUUGUGACCAGCUUCGUAAUGCUGGUGAAGAAAAACCUAGGCCGUGUUGUUAUGAUAAUGCGU